AAUAUUUUUAAGGCUAUGACCACCAUCGCUAAAAAAAAGCUGCUAGCGACAACAGAAGAAAAGGUGCAGCUGGUAGUAAGCGAACCCAAACCACUGACUGGUAUGUGGACUAUCGUUGCCACUGGACGUUUGGGCAACCUAAUGGGGGAGUAUGCAACUCUCUAUGGCCUUGCCAAGAUGAAUGGCCGUGAAGCCUUUAUUUCACCAGAGUUGCACAGCCAGCUGGCCCACAUCUUUAAGAUUAGAUUGCCUGUGGCUCACCAGGAGGUCAUUAACCGCAUCCAAUGGAGAGAUUAUGAACUUCACGACUGGAUGUCCGAGGAGUACAGACACAUUGAAAAUGAACAUGUGCGUUUCACUGGUUGGCCCUGUUCAUUUACUUUCUACCACCAUAUUAGAGAUGAGAUUCUUCAAGAAUUUACUUUCCAUGAUUUUAUUAAAGAGGAGUCUAACGCUUAUCUUGAAAAAAUUCGAGGAGACAAGAAGAACGUCACCUUUGUCGGGGUUCACGUUCGGAGGGGAGACUACGUGCAUGUAAUGCCAAACACAUGGAAAGGGGUGAUUGCUGACAAAGGUUACUUGCAAAAAGCCACGGACUACUUCAGAAAAAAGUAUGAGAACCCUCUCUUUGUGGUCACCAGUAAUGGGAUGGAUUGGUGUAAAGAGAAUAUAGACAAUUCAUUGGGUGAUGUCCACUUUGCUGGAGAUGGACAGGAGGGCUCGCCUGCUCGGGAUUUUGCAUUGCUGGCACAUUGUAACCACACCAUCAUGACCAUAGGAACGUUUGGUAUUUGGGUGGCUUACUUAGUAGGAGGAGAAACAGUCUACUUGACCAACUACACUUUACCUGACUCGCCCUUCCUUAAAGUUUUUAAGUAUGAAGCUGCUUUUCUUCCAGAAUGGAUUGGGAUUCCGGCGGACCUCUCACCACUUCUUAACAACCAAAAUCUUUAA